CCUCUCACUCGCGCGCGUCCUCGUCUCUCUCAUCCACUGUGCCGCGCCGCGCAUUUGUUUAUUCAUCCAGAGCAUUUAAUCGGCACGCACCUGGCCUGGGAGAGAGAGAAGAUCAUAUAGAAAAAGAGCGAAAAAGAGGGGUUUAGAGCUCUUGGGAGAGAUAUCCUUUUGUUUUGGAGAUAGAAGAGAGGGGUCUAGCGAUUCAUCCCCAGCGAUCUAGGCCUCGAUCGUCCCAUCGCGGCACUGCCCACGAAUCCCCGCGGCCUACAUUGCCGACCCACAUUGCGGAUCUGCGAGUUUGGUGCGUCAAUCCGGCAUCGCCGGAGCUGGGCUGUGUCGGUGGUGGGCAGGAUCCAGGGGGCUUUCCUCUCGGCUGAGCGCGCCGCGUGAGCAAUGCGGAUGGACAGUCGCGGGAUCGCCCGGGAUUGAGGCGCGGCGCUGCGCGAGCUUUGAGGCUCCAUUAGGUAGCGCGCUUCGAGAGGGGGAGAAAGAGUGAGAAAGAAGGCAGCCGUGCUUUGCCUUCAUUCUCCCUCUUUCUCUCUGGGCUCUUUUGGAGAGGGUGGUGGAGGCAAGAACGCUCGAGAAGUGGCAGCAAAACGAAGAUAGGAAGAUAGAUUGAGAGAAACCAAGGAGAAGAUCACUCACACCAUCAUCUCACUCUCUUUCACGACGAAGUGCUCUCUCUUUUUUCUUCUUCCUCUCUGGUGAGAUAUAUACGUACGUUUCAUGUACUCGGCUCUGGCCUCCCACACUCUCUCUGGUCCACUUCCUCUCGCUGGCUGGAUUCUCUGACCCCCUGAAUCGUAGGAUAGAUAGAGGAUCCUGGCAAAGAGGACACGGUCACGGAGGACUGCUUACACUUCUAGUUUAGAUUGGUAGCGGGCGUCUGCAAGGAAGAAAGCCAAGAAAGGAGUUAGAAGGAAGCGACGAGCUUACCAGCAAAGAUGAGGUUUGACGGCCCGACGGUGGCUCUCCUGGCGGACAAUGCCGGCUUUGGAGCUAUGGGUCUUUCCGACCUCGCAAACAUUCCAAUGUCGGCGUCGCGGCUCAUCAACAGGGGCGCUCCAGGCAUGCCGCCUCAGAUGAAGAACUCUUUCACUUCUCCUGGACUCUCGCUCGGCCUGCAGCAGCCAAACUGUCCGGAGAUGCAGCUGGAGUCCAAGCCGGCUCCCGAUGGCGAGCUCGGUGUCAAGAGCAAGAGCAAGGAGGAUGAGAACGAGAGCCGGUCCGGCAGCGGCAGCGAGAACAUGGGAAACGCGUCGGGUGACGAGCAGGAGCCGCCGAGGAAGAAGCGCUAUCAUCGUCACACUGCAAGGCAGAUUCAAGAGAUGGAAUCGUUGUUCAAGGAGUGUCCUCAUCCCGACGAUAAGCAGCGCCAGGAGCUGAGCCGGGAGCUAGGACUGGAGCCUCGGCAAGUCAAGUUCUGGUUCCAGAAUCGCCGCACGCAGCUCAAGGCCCAGCAGGAGCGAGCGGAGAACAACGUUUUGCGCCACGAGGUGGAGAAGCUCCGCGCUGAAAACAUCACCAUGCGCGAGGCGAUACGCAAUGCAUCGUGUCCAAAUUGCGGAGGCCCUGCAACUCUGCGAGAGAUGUCCUUCGAAGAGCAGCACCUGCGAAUCGAGAACGCUUGCUUGAAGGACGAGCUCGAUCGAGUGUCUGCUGUCGCUGCAAAGCUUUUUGGACGAUCGGUACCGCCGAUGGUUUCCCAACAAGCUCCACAGUUUUCCGGAUCGUCUCUAAACCUUUCCAUCCAGGGUGCUGCAGGGAGCAAUCCGAUGUCUCCUCCAGCACAGGUGGCUGGAUUACUUUCAGCGCCACCAUCAGGAGUCGAGGAGCUUUCGAACGCCAACAAUCUUAACACCAACAAAUCUGUUGUCCUGAGCGACGUCGAGAAGAACAGCGUCCUUGACCUGGCAGUCAUGGCAAUGGAUGAGCUCGUCCAGCUCGCACAGCCUGACUCGCCGGUGUGGAUCCCAAGCCCGGACGCCUCCAAGGAGGUGCUUAACUACGACGAGUACGUUCGCCAGUUUCCAAAGUUCGUUGAAAGCAAGCAGUAUGGUUUCAAGACCGAUGCCACUCGCGAUGAUGGGCUUGUGAUGAUGAACGCCGCGAGCUUGGUCGAAGUUCUCAUGGAUCCGGCGAAGUGGAUGGAGAUGUUUUGCACGAACGUUUCAAAAGCACUGACGCUGGAAGUUAUCUCUUGUGCUCCCGGUAGUUUAAGUGGAACACUUCAGCUGAUGUAUGCCGAGAUCCAAGCUCUCUCCCCGCUGAUGCAGACCAGGGAAGUUUACUUCCUUCGUUACUGCAAGCAGCAUCAGGACAGCACCUGGGCCGUGGUUGACGUCUCCGUCGAUGGUCUCCAUGGAACGCCAUCCCCAGCUUCGUUGCAUUGCCGACGCUCUCCAUCGGGAAUGCUAAUCCAAGACAUGCCGGAUUCUAUCCACGACAUGCCAAACGGCUGCUCCAAGGUUGUUGUCGUGGAACAUAUGGAGUACGACGACCAGCCCGUCCAUCAGCUCUUUAAAUCCUUGGUGAGUAGCGGUGGAGCCUUCGGUGCGCGGAAGUGGCUGGCCACUCUCCAGCGUCAGUGCGAAGCACUGACUUGCUAUCUCCCGGGUCUCGCUUCAGCUCGAGAAAUCGGAGUGAUUCCAAACUCUCCUGCUCGCCAGUCCCUGCUCAAGCUGUCGCAGCGCAUGACCACUAACUUCUGCGCCGGCGUUGGUGCUCCGAGCAGCCAGUGGACAACACUCUCUGGCAGCGUUCACGACGAUAUCCGUGUCAUGACGCGCAAGAGCGUCGACAACCCCGGCGAGCCCCACGGCAUAGUUCUCAGCGCUGCCACCACGCUCUGGCUCCCGUUGGCUCCAGCCCGAGUUUUUGACUAUCUCCGCAGCGAGCACCUCCGCAGCGAGUGGGAUAACAGUGGAAUGGUUCAGGAAGUAGCCCGCAUCGCCAAAGGCCAAGCCACCGGGAACGACGUCUCUCUCUUCCGGAUCGAUGCUCUCAACCAGACUCUCAACGCUAAUCAGAACCAGAUGCUCUUCCUCCAAGAGAGCUGCACUGAUGCUUCCGGUUCCCUCGUCGUCUACGCCCCGGUGGAGCUCACCAUGAUCAACAUGAUGAUUCAAGGCGGCGAUCCAGCUCACGUUGCUGUGCUCCCCUCGGGCUUCGUCAUCCUUCCCGACGGCUCGGAGCCGCACUCGACCACGAGCAUCCUCCAGAACGAUGCCACCGGCACUCUUCUCACCGUGGCCGUGCAAAUCCUCAUCAGCACCCUGCCCUCGGCAAAGCUCUCGCUGGAUUCCAUUGUCGCCAUCAACACCCUCAUCUCCAACACGGUCCAGAAGGUGAAAGGAGCACUGACGCCGAGCAACGAGCUCUAAAGUCUCAACCUUCGAAGAUCUCUUCCCUUCUUUCAGCUUCUCUCGUUUCCGUAAGUUUGUUUCUCGUCCUUCCCGUGAUCACGCCCCUCGUUUUGUCUCUUGAAGAAGUUUGUUGCCUUGAGGGGAUAUCAACCAUCCUGCUCGUCCUCUGGAGCACUGCGUUGAUUUCUCCCUCAGCAACAGGCAGAAACCUCCAUAGCCCCGUCCUUUUUGCCUGUGUUUUGUCUUUGACUUUUCGUUAUUUACUUACUAUCCAGCAGGGGAAAGUCAAGAACGCACCUCGGAAUUUCCUGCCUUUCACCGUGUUGUCUGCUGGCACGCAUUGCAGAGACACCACCUUGUAAGGCGAGUGGUUCGGGUAUUGACUUUCGUCCUCUCGUGUGUGCUCUUAAGUUAUGGAAAAUGAAAAACAAAAGACCCAAGUAUUAA